GUCUCGUCUUUGCUUACUUGCUGCUAACAUUUCUUCAUCGAAACAAUCAGCAAGAUAGAAGCGAUCGAUCUCGUUUACGCGGUUGAUCUUCACUAACAGGAACUCGAAGUUCCGAUCUACAAAGGAGUGUCGAUUGCAUGUACUAGCUUCUCUUUUCUUUAGCAACUCCAGCAGACGCUCGUCUGAUUCAAUACUCUAGUUUCUUGUUUAGGAGAUGGCAAAAAUCAGAGAUAGAAUGGAGGAUUUCAAAGAUGCUACUCACAGAGCUGCUUUGUCUUCUGGAUUUACUGAGUCAAAAUUGGCAGCUACAAUGGCAUCAUUUAUAAUGCACAAGCCUCGGGAGAUCUCUCCUUUCACCAAAGCUGCAAUGAGGACGCUUGAAAGUAUUGAAGCUUUAGACCAAUUUCUGCUAAAGCAUAGGAAAGAUUACUUGGAUUUGCAUCGAACCACUGAACAAGAAAGAGAUAGUAUUGAACACGAAGUUACAGUCUUUAUUAAAACAUGCAAAGAGCAAAUAGAUAUUCUAAAGGGAAGCAUAAAUGAUGAAGAGGCGGCUUCAAAGGGCUGGCUAGGCAUUAAAUCCCAAAGUUCUAAUGCGGAUACCAUUGCACACAAACAUGGAGUUGUAUUAAUUUUAAGUGAAAGACUUCAUUCAGUCACGUCACAAUUUGAUCAGCUUAGAGCUGUGCGUUUCCAAGAGGCUAUUAACCGCGUUACACCUAGAAGAAAAAUGAAACGGCCAGCCACAUCUAAUUCUACAGGAAGCGGGAAGUCUGAUAAUAAUAAUUUACAGUUUAAAGAUGAAAAACUGGAUGUCGGGGAGCCUGAUGAUGAUAUUCGAGCAAAUUCAAUCAAUCUGCAGCAUCAAGUUAUGGAUGAUGAUACACGUGCACUUCAGUUAGAGUUAGGAGGCCUUUUAGAUGCAGUUCGAGUAACAGAGACGAAAAUGGUGGAGAUGUCUGCGUUAAAUCAUCUGAUAUCAACACAUGUUUUGCAACAAUCUCAGCAGAUAGAGCAGUUAUAUGAUCAAGCAGUUGAAGCUACAAAUAAUGUAGACCUUGGAAACAAAGAGUUGUCUCAAGCCAUCCAACGCAAUAGCAGUAGUAGAACCUUUCUCUUGCUCUUUCUAUUUGUGCUUACUUUUUCUGUUCUCUUUCUUGAUUGGUAUAGUUAAAUUUUUUUAUUUUUUCACAACAAAACCCCAUUUUCUUUGUUGUUUAUCGGUCUAAUCAGCCAUUUGGGUCUUUAUAAAUGAGAAACAAAGAUAUUUUGGAAUUUUUCGAUAAAAAUUACAUGUAAAACACUUACUCUUUUUCUUCCCAAAGUGCUCGACCAAUCAAUUAGUUGGUUCAUUUGUUUCCC